AUGCCGAUAUACAAUGUCACAGUGGACGACGUCUCACCGCUACUGAUCUAUAGUGAUGGGUGGAUUGAUACAAACAAGGGGGAUGCCGCGUAUGUGGAGUACGCGAACUCGACGUUCCAUGCGACGCAGACCCCGGGUGCCUCGAUGACCCUCCAGUUCUUUGGUACGGCAAUAUAUGUUGCAGGGGCGAAGCGGGCAAACCAUGAUCAAUUUACGGUUACAGUCGACGACAGCUCGUUCAUCGGCAACAGUUUUGCAUCAGAUCCCGGCCUGUUUCAGCAGGUGCUAUUCAGUCAAACUGGACUCACAAGCGGGUAUCAUACCUUGGUGAUGACGGACAAUUCAACGCGGAGCGAUCGUCCAUUCUUGGAUAUCGACUAUGUGGAGAUUACGACGGGGGACGAUUCCUCAAAGACCACUUCAGUUGAUACCACCUUUGACGACGAUGCGGCGCAGUAUUCGAGCGGAUGGGACGACUCCCCCAAUAACUUGUCCUCGUAUUACUUCAACAAGACCAUGCACCGCACCAACACCGUCAAUGCCUCCGCGACGUUCACUUUCACAGGUUCGGCCAUCUCCGUGUUCGGUGCCACAAGCAGCAAUCACGGCGAAUUCGCGGUGAGCGUCGACGGAGGCGCUCAGCUCCCCUUAAAUGGCACAGCACCAGCGUUCAGAGCCCAAACCCUUCUGUACUAUCUGUCCGGAUUGACGAACACCACCCAUGCCAUCACGCUCACCAACCUCGCAUCUGACAGUUCCGUGUUCUUCGACGUCGACUACUUUGUCGUUUCGCAGUACUUUGCCGGUACCUCUUCCAACGGCACCGCGUCUUCCUCCGGGGACGGCAACGUCGCCAGCACCAGUCACACGAAUGCCGCGGCUUUCGCAGGUGGCUUCUCCGCCGGCGCCGUGGCGCUCAUCCUUGGCGCGUUUGGGCUGUUCUACUGGCUCCGCCGGCGCAAACGGCGGUCAAGGGCCGUCGUUGACAACCAGGAGGACGGCAAAGUCGACCUCGUGGGAGACGGAACGACCGCGAGCGCCCCAUACGCGACGUACGUGCCAGCAUGGACGGCGGCGGACGGGAGCACCACCAGCGCGGGCGCCCCGUGGACCGCGUCGGGCUCGGUCUCGUCGCCCUCCCUCCCGUUCUCGCCGCAGUCGGCUUACCUGGUCCAGUCCCCGGGCGCUGGGACGAUAGCAUCUGUGCCGACGCCUCAGACGGGCAAGCGGCACAGGGGGAAUCGGGAACGCCGGGGCGACGGCGCGACGACACCCAGCGACAGUCUCAGUCCGACUAUGAGCUCACCCGCGACGAACUACAGCCGCGAUCCGACGACGCGGUAUCGCCACGCGCACAGGCGUAAUAUCUCGGAGACCACGGCGGGCACGGGUGCGGUGUCGACCGCGACGGGGUCUGGACCUUACUCUUCAGAACCGGAGACGGACGCGGGCCCGGCGUUCGAUCCGUACCAGGCGCCGCCACCGCAGUAUGGCCAAGUGUUCCAACCGCCAGGCGAUCCGGAUCGGCUCGCCAAGACCCCAGCGUUCACUAUGACGGGACCGGCACCUCCUGCUGGGCCAUCGGCCUCGACGCCGCAGGCACGAGAGUCAAGACCGUUACCCACGGCGCCUUAA